AGUAAACUCUAAAGUCCAGUAGUUAAGCUAAACCUUCCUUUUUUCCUCUCUUAUACAUACUACUUACCCUGUUGGCCUCUCUUCAGGUAGAGAUGAUCCAGAAAGCCACGGUUUCCGAUGAUUUCAGUUUCCCGACGAUCACCGAACCCGUCCCUCGCUUCAUGGGCUCGCCGUCUCUGUGGAAUGUUUCUUAUGAAGUAUUCUCUGGUUCUUCUAAUGGGAUCAAAAGAGAGAAAGAUGAUGAAGAAAUCCAAAGAAGUAAGAGCUUCCCCAUUGCAGAUAGAGAUAUGAAAAUAGAGGAUGAAGAGAGGAUGGACAUGUUAUGGGAGAACUUCAAUGAUGAAUUAUCUUCCUUUGAUAAGAAGGAAGAGCAGUGGAGGCUGCGAAAAGGCGGCAAAAUGGAUUCGGGUUUGGCCAGAGAUAAAGCAGAAGUGUAUUGUGUGAAGACUUGGAAGAUGUCUAAACCAAGCAGUAUUGCUAUGUUGUCUCCUAGGAAACUAAGUUUGUUGACAAUGAUGAAGGUCAUGAAGAAGUUGUUCUUGCUUCACAACUCUUAAUUGUCAAAAGAAGAGCAUUUCAUGACUAAACCCAUCUGGGUUUUCUUCCAUUUUCUCAAUCUGAUGACUAGUUUUGGAGAAACAAAAUGAGUAGAGAAGUCUAAUUUGGUGAGUAAACUAUGUAACUAUAUAUGACUUUGAACAUAUAGGCCAUAUAUGAUAUGGUAGGGAAAAUAUGUUAUAUUGAUGAAGAUUAUAUUGCUUGUACUGUAUCAAGAAAAGGAGUAGGGAUUGAUCAUAAUUUAUAGAACCACCACUGAAGGAUAAAACUUUCUUUGUUGUUUGAUUUUCA